UGAUAUAAUCGCGACAAAAUUCAGAAGUGUUUACAAAAUUUUUAGAUGAAUAUUUAUUAUUAAUAAAACUAUCUGUAACGGUAUAAAUGUUCUCAAGAUUUCUUGUGCAGAGUUCAAAAUUAAUUUAUUCAAACACUAAGCAAAUUCAACGCAGAUUCGUCAUGGCUAGUUCUAAAUUGAAACUUUCAGAGGUCGAAGGUGAUCUCUUUUCUGCACCAGAAGAAUACUCAUUAGCGCACUGUGUUGGUGCUGAUUUUGCAAUGGGUGCUGGAAUUGCAGUGAAAUUCAGACAAACUUACGGACAGGUCGAAGAAUUAUUAGCACAGAAAAUCAGUAGUGGAGGUGUUGCUGUACUUAAAGAUAAAAAUCGAUUCAUUUACUAUCUCGUUACAAAACCAGCAAGCUAUGGAAGUCCUACUUAUGAUAGUUUACGAUCUUCUUUGAGUCAAAUGAAAGAACAUAUGAAACUUAACAAAGUUCAGAAGCUAGCUAUUCCGAGAAUUGGUUGCGGUAUUGAUGGCCUUGAAUGGGACAAAGUAAGUGCUGAGCUGCAUACUGUUUUCGGCGACGAAGAAGUAGAAAUAGUCGUUUAUGUUUUUGUGCCAAAAUAGAUUUUAGUUAUUACUUUGAAUAUAAUUAUAAACAACAAUCUCAAUUGAA